AUGCGAGCCGCGACCGAUGAGACGGGUGAAUCUGGCCGGGUACGGCUCCCGGGCUUCGGUCUGUGCAUGAGCUACAUGCCCGAGAUCAGAUUUCCUACAGCUCUUAUCGACUGGCAGGACCAGUUCCAGACCAUUCGGGAGAGGUGCAUGCUUGCUUUCAUUAAUAGUAUUACAGAUAAGCCUGACUGGCAUGAGAAAGUCUUCGACGAUGCCAUUGUUGCAAAGUGGCGGCAGGAAGCGUCGACGGCGAAAUGGGAGGCGCUUGGUAUAGAGAACGGUGAUUUCACGGAUAGCAUGUUUGACUAUUGUCUGGAUGAGCUACGUGAUAAGGCAAAGUUCUUUGCAGAUACGGGUAUCACUGUUGUCUUGGAAAACAGAGCUUGUGUUGCCAAAUCUGACGAGAUCGUGUCGCCUGCUCUCAGGGACAGGCUCAGAGAAGCAGUUUCGAUGCUUGAAGACAUUCCAGACAGUGAAAAGGACUGGCAUCCCGGAAGUGAUGGCAAGGUUCUUGACCUCGUCCAUCCAUCAUUAUGGCCAUUGCUUUACGGCAGGUCUCGAGUGCUGCCUGACAGGACUAUUGACCUGAAGAAUUGCCUUGAUAGUUGUGGUGAGGGGGAAGUUACUGCUGUGCCUUCUGAAGAGGAUGCAUUACAGCCAGACCCCGAGGACUACACAUGGCGGUCUGGCCAUGAUGCUGAGGUGUGGUCUCGUCGUUUCCAAUGGCUUCCCUGUAAUGUCGAGUUCCGCGACGGUGCAAACGCCCAAAUCGUCAGCUACAUCAACAACCUGCACCCGACUCAACAUUCUAGCCUGUAUACGGUCAUCGAGGAGAUGAUCUCGAAAGCGGUACCUUUGUGGCAUAUCAUCUGGAAAUGGACUAAUGGCCCAUGUGAAGUGAAACGAAUACACUGCGACGAAGUUAAGAGGAAUUGCACCGUCCCCGAAAUAUGUACAGAGUACUGCGACCCGUACAAUCGCCCAAAGCAAGACGCUGAGAACUUCACCGAUGAGGACCUUGAUGAUGAUUAUGGGUGGUAUUACAAGACACAUCCCAUUGCUCGGCCGGAACCUGGAGCAUACGGUGCUCAGCCCCUGGCGUUCACUCCGGAAGACAUCAAACGUGAAGGUGGGCUUCUCUACGAAGCCAAAGACAAGCUGCAGGUUAUUGUAAAGCUUGCAAACAUUCACCUCACUCCUGACAAGCCAACAUAUGACGGAGGCUCAUGGCAUAUCGAAGGCCAAUUAAACGAGCAUAUCUGUGCAACGGCCCUGUACUACUAUGACAACGAAAAUAUUACAGACAGCCACCUUGCAUUUCGUACUCGCGUCGAAGCUGACAACACCUUUGAUCUCACUUACGAGCAGUCCGAUUAUGAGGGCAUUGAAGAGAUAUUUGGCGCCAAAAACGACGAGGCGACUAUUCAGGAGCGCGGGAAGGUUCUUACCAAAGAAGGGAGGCUGCUUGCUUUCCCAAACGUAUUCCAGCACGCCGUCAUGCCUUUCAAGCUAGUCGACAAGACAAAGCCGGGCCACCGGAAGAUCCUCGCCCUGUUUCUCGUGGAUCCGGCGGCUCGCGUGCUUUCAACGGCAAAUGUGCCGCCACAGCAGAAGCAUUGGUGGACUGAGAGGUCAAACAAAGAGAGUAAAGCCCCAGAUGGCCACAAUGGUCUCCAAGAUGCGGUUCUCAACGAGACAGGUGGACUUCCGAUUAGCCUCGAGGAGGCGAAGAAGUUACGCGAAGAGCUUAUGGCCGAGCGGACUAAUCUAUCGACAAGAGUGGACAGUCGGAUAGCUCGCGAGUCGUGGAAUUUCUGCGAGCACUAA